AUGGUUAUGAAAGGCCGAGGGCGGCCGCCGCCUAAUGCGGGCACCGAUAUCAAGACCGGCAACAAGCUGCGCCGGAAGAUGAUGCACAUCAAGCGCAAGAGGGCCAAGGACGCGGAGCGGCGAGAGGAGCGCUAUGCCUUCAAGAAGGAAGAAGCCAAGAACCCGAAGCUGAAGGAGGAACGCCUGCGCCGCAAUGUCCCCUUGACGCUUGAUCGGAAGCGUGUCUGGGACGAAGCCGACAGCGACGCCGAGGAGCAUGGCCUGGGAUUGAGUGUCGACAUUGAGCGCGUCAAGCGGGCUAAGCAGGAAGAAGAGGACGAGCUGAACCGGCCUUUGGAAGAGGGCAAGGAUGAUAGUGACGACGGGGAGUCCGAUAAUGAGUCUAUCGACAGUAUGAUCGCAACGAGCGACGAGGACGAGGACGAGGACGAAGACGAAGAUGAGAAGGACAACGCCGACGCAGUUAAAGACUCGAGCCGUGGUCGCAAAGAGUUCUCACUGCCCACUGCCACCGAACGAGCUACCAGCCCAUCGCAAUCCACCCGCAGUACAAACUUGAACCUCGCUCCAGAAGCACUGGCGGCCAAAUUCCCCUCGCUCUUCUCAUCCGGGCCCCCUCCAACCCCCAAAAUCCUCAUCACCACCGCCAUCAACUCGGCCCUCCACGACGAAGCCGAUAUCCUGACCGACCUGUUCCCAAAUAGCGUGUACAUCCGACGCACAGCACACCGCUACUCGCACAAGUUCUCCAUCCGCGAGAUCUCCAAGUUCGCCUCGAACCGCAACUUCACCGCCGUGGUCGUCCUGCAGGAGGACCAGAAGCGACCGAGCGGCCUGACCAUUGUCCACUUGCCCGUCGGCCCGACCUUCCACUUCACCAUCAGCAACUGGGUCGAGGGCAAGCGGCUGCCCGGCCACGGCCGUGCGACCGGACACUGGCCCGAGCUGAUCCUAAACAACUUCCGCACGCCGCUCGGUCUGCUCUCUGCGCGUCUCUUCCAGGCGCUGUUCCCGCCGCAGCCGGACUUUGAGGGACGGCAGGUUGUCACGCUGCACAAUCAGCGUGAUUACAUCUUUGUGCGCCGCCACCGGUAUGUCUUCCGUGAGAAGCGGGAGACAGAGAAGGCGGUUGUUGGCGCCGACGGGAAGGAGAUGCAGGGUGCGGAGGGCAUCCGGACUGGUCUGCAGGAGCUCGGGCCUCGGUUUACCUUGAAGCUGCGUCGUGUCGAUAAAGGUAUCCAGCGGGCCAGUGGGCAAGAGUGGGAGUGGAAGGGUGGAAUGGAGAAGGAGAGGACCAAGUUUCAGCUGUAA